AAAAUGUAAUCCUAAUAAUGCAGUAAGCUCUGUAAUUCUACUACACCUCAACUGAGAAGUUCUUCAUAAUCCCUAACAUCAGCAUUCAAUAUGCACUCUGUAAACAAAUAUAUGAUGUCUGUUUUAAGCAAAGCGUAAAACGAAAUGCAUCAUAAGGACGUAAAAUGAAGUGAGCUGAGCAUUGAAAUAACGUGCUUUUUAACACAUUGUCUGAAAUCUGAAAGACUCCUGAAUAUGCCAUAACUUUGACUUGUUCGUGGUUCAAUGCGUAAUAGGGAUAAGCUGAUCUUGGAGGUCACGUGGUUCCGGCGUGUAGAGUUGACCAAUGCCUAACAGUAGUCAGCUGAUCUAUCAGUAUGCACGCUGGUGGGGUAGCUGAUGGGCCAUCUCACUACUAUGAUACUAAAGAUCCAUUUGAGGAGCUGGUUUCGUAUGUUCCUGAUACACGGAACUGGAAGGGGAUCCUCAUCUCUAUCCUGGUCAUACUAGGAGUAGGAGGGGUGGUUGCUUGCACAGUUUAUGCUAUUACUCCGCCCAAAGGACCACCAAGGGUUCAAGGGCAUCGGAUAGUUUUCAACCAAAUAUACAAUGGGUCAUUCCGCCCCAACCCUACAAAUGCAACCUGGAUAUCAGGAACAGAGCUUGUAUUUAUUAACUCAAACGGGGGUCUAAGUGUUUUGGACGUGGAAAUAAACCAAACCCGCAACCUUUGUGAUAGUACAGUUUUCGUAAGUAUAUUUUCUUAUAUAAAAUAA